UCUUGUCCUCGAUAUGACUGAAUACAAGCUAGUUUUUCUCUAGUGACAGUUCAAAAAACCCUCAGGAUUAUGUUUCUCUUCUUUAUUGCUUUUUUGCCAGUGGUUUUUAAAAUUGGUUUUGUCAGCCUCUCAGCUCUGCAGCACUGGAACUGUCCUAAUGGAUACAGAUUAAAGACUGAAAACUCUGCUUGUGUAGAUAUUGAUGAAUGCCUUGAAGGCGGUUUGGGAACCUGUGGCCAAACCUGUAUCAAUGUUCCAGGGUCCUACAUCUGCUCCUGUUUGCCUGGCUACACUUUGGGUAUUGACAAGCGGUCUUGCUAUGUGAAGGACCCUGCGCCAUUCCUACUUUUUAGCCAUGGAAAUGCCAUCUUUAGAAUUGACACUGAAGGGACCAAUCAUGAAAGAUUGGUGGCUGAUACUGGUCAGUCAACGCUUAUGGAUUUUCAUUAUACAGAAGAGAAAGUGUAUUGGGUAGACUCUGAAAGGCGACUACUUCAAAGAAUUCACCUGAAUGGCACAAAACAAGAGAGAUUAUGUUACAUAGACAAAGGCAUUUCAGGAUUUGCUAUUGACUGGAUAAAUCAAGACAUUCUCUGGGCCAAUAGACAGAAAGCAACCAUAGAAGCAACAGACAUGAAUGGGAAGAAACGCCGAGUCCUUCUAAGAGAUGUUGGUCGUCCCACAAGGAUUACCAUUGAUGCUAAGCAAAGGUUGUUAUUUUGGUCUUCAGAUGGUACAGUUUCCAGCAUACACCGAAUGUCCCUCAGUGGAAGUGAUGUGAGAAAUGUUUUAAGAACCACAGAAAAAAUAAAGGCCAUCUCACUAGAUUUGGUUGACACAAGGCUCUACUGGAUCCAGCAUGACCACGAGAAAGAGAUUUCCCAUAUUGGAUCAUGCAACUAUGAUGGCGGAGCUGUUCGUUUGCUCAAAAAUUCUGUCCGACAUCAAUUGCUUGGUAUGUCUCUCUUUGCUGAGCACCUGUACUAUUCAGAGUUGAAAUCUGGUAUGAUAUGGAGGGCCAACAAGUAUACUGGAAAAGUUGUAGUCACAAUUAGCCUGAAGCCAUCAUUUUUCCCACCAGUGGAGAUACAAGUGGUACAUCCAUUUAAGCAGCCAGGUGCAAGAACAGAUUCUCAGGAUUUCGAAAAAGUAACCUGUGAUUUGAACAAAGAAAAGUGCAGAAGAAGAAUCUGCCGGCCAGACUCAAGGGCUCAUCGGUGUAAAUGUUCUAGUGGCUUUAUUUUAAGUCGAAAUAAACAGUUUUGUGAAGAUAUCAAUGAAUGUGGCUUCUGGAAUCACGGCUGUACUUUGGGCUGUGUGAACAUCCCUGGUUCCUAUUACUGCACCUGCCCGAGAGGUUUUGUUCUGUUGCCUGAUAGGAAAACAUGUCAUGAGCUAAUUUCCUGUACAAGUAACGACACUGAAUGUAGCCAUGGUUGCCUUCAAACAUCUCAAGGGCCUGUUUGCUUUUGUCCUGAAGGAUCUGUACUCAAAGUAGAUGGCAAAGCAUGCACGG